AUGAAGCAAAAGAUUGUGAUCAAGGUGCACUUGAGGUGCGACAAGUGCCGGAAGAAAGCUCUGGGCAUAGCUGCCUCGACGCACGGGGUGGAAUCUGUGGGUAUCGAAGGGGAGGAGAAGGACCAGCUGGUGGUGGUCGGCGACGGCGUGGACGCCACAAGCCUGACAUAUUGCCUGCGGAGGAAGGUGGGCCGCGCGGACAUCGUCAAGGUGGAGCCCGUCGGAGCCGAGGAGGCGACAAAGCCGGCGGACGAGCAGCCCGCCAUUGCCACCGUAGCCGCGAGCCCGCAGCAGUGGUACCCUCACCCGGGCUAUUACUACUCCCGGCCGGCCGUCGUCUACCCGUACGCCGGCCACUGCUACGCCGACGACUCCCACACGGAGCCUUGGUGCACUAUCUUGUAGAUCCAGCAGAGCCGAACAGAACAGAAAAACGAGAUACGAGGACCAUUCGGAGUCGAUCGAUCUCCGGAUGAUGUUCUCCGGAAGCACGUAGUAACCUAAGAUAUU